AGACUAAAACUAAAAAGCCAGAGUUUCCAUCUUUAAUGACUCAGUCAGGCUGAAUGUUUGUCUUCUUUACAAAGUAAAACAAGUUUAAUCACUUAAUGUUUUUACUCCAGAAAACAAACUUUCAUCAUUUGGUCAAUGUUCUCUUUUUCUACUGAUUAGAAACAAGAAGAAAAAUAAAUCUGACAUUUAAUGUUUUACAUCUAUAAGGAACAAACUGGUCAAUAACAGCUUUAAUGUUUUACAACACACCAUCAGAAUAGAACAGGUUCCACUUAAACAGCAGCUAAAAGUAAAACCUCUUAAGAGAACUGAGCACAUCACUCCUGUUCUUAAAUCUCUACACUGGUUACCAGUAAAGUACAGAACUGAUUUCAAAGUACUUGUACUGGUUUAUAAAUCAGUCAAUGGCAUGGUGCCAGAAUACAUGUCUGACCUCCUUCCUGUAGCCCACAAAAACUCUGAGAUCUUUAGGAAGCAAAUCAGCUGGUAGAACCCCAGGUCGGAACAGGGUGAAGCUGCUUUUAGCUACACACAGAUGGAAUCAGCUUUCUCAUGACUUCAAUGUGCCCCAACUCUAGUAGCUUUUGAAUCGAAAUUAAAAACCUUCAUGUUUUCAUCACCCUUUGAAUGAAUGUUCUUAUACUGAGCUUUCUGCACUGUAACUGCUCUCCUUUUAAUUUAGUCUUUUUCUUUUUAAACCUAAUUUUGAUUUGUGUGUAUUUUAAUUUUGCUGUCACGUUGAUUUUAAUGUUCUUGCUAUUCUUGCUAAUUGGAAGUACAUUGAAUUGCCUCUUGUGUGUGAAGUGUGCUAUAAAGUUACCUUGCCUUCAAAAUUAAGACGGUUACUGUCGCCCUCUGGUGGACGCAUCAAGCAUUACAUGAAACAAUUACUAAAUUAGCACCUUCCCUAAACUUUGUUCUACUUGUGGGGCGGCUGCCUAACUUAAAAACAAAAACAAACAAAACGUUUUCUCCUAAAAUAUUCAUAAAGCUUUUUUCUGCCCCUAAAGAAAAACAUCAAAGCGGUUAAAGGGUCAAAAAGUCAAGAGAAAAUGAGAUUUGGUCAGAUUUAGAUAAUGGAACUUCGUUAAAAUAAUAAUAAUAAUAUCUUAUUUUUUCUGUCCACUAGGAGGCGGUAAUUUAACUUACGUUGGUUGCGCAGAAGCAAACCGGAAGCUGUUAGCAGAGUUAGCUUGUUGCAAAAUGUCUUCACUUCAGUCUCUGGGAGAGUUGAUCAGCUAAAGCGACUAACUGCUGCAGAAAUCUUCUUACCAGGCUGUGGAAACUUUCUCCUCCUCAACAACUUGGUGCGAGUUCUUUCCAGAAGCAGAGAAGAUAUUCUGCGGUCUUCGUGACAAUCGGAGCUCCAAAAGCAGGUGAUGGGUCAGAAAAGCUUUUCUCUAGACUUCCUGUCCUCUGGGUCUGCUGCUGUUCCUUUGGCCUCUCUGAGAAACGCGCUCGUUUAGCUGCUUUCAUCAGAUUGAAGAGGUUCCCUCUAUCAGACUCGCUCAUCUGAGUUGGUCAUGAUGCAGGAUCGCUGCUCGCUCUCUGAUCCAUCCUGCUCACACUCUCCGACGGAAAAGCCCCGAAUCUGAAUGUGACUCUGGAGGAAAAAGCGGUUAGCUCUACUCCGUGAACUCUGGUGACCAAAGGUCCUCUUUUCCAGACUGGAUCUGUCCUCAGCUGAUCAGAACCAAAGCGUUGGAUCUUUAAUCUCAUGAGUUGUUCUGAAGCAGCAUCUUAAUCAGCUCUCCUGCUUUGUUUCUAUUGCAGCUGUUAGCUAAACACGGCUAAAGAAAACCUGCUACCACUUCAGGAUCAUCCAUCAGCUGGGACUGAUUCAUCGUGUUUACGUCACCAUCUGGAUCUGGACAGCAUGGAUACAGAUUUUCACCAGAUGGUUAAAGAAGAAGCUCCUGAAGAUCAGAGUGCUGGUGUGGACCAGCAGGAUCCAGAACAGUUCCACAUGAAAGAAGAACAGGAGGAAGUCUGGACAAGUCUGGAAGGAGAGCAGCUCCAUUUGAAGGAAGAAGCUAAACUUGCCAGGGGUCACAUAACAGCCCUAAGGGGGACCACACAGGAGGCCAGACUAGCAUUUCAAAUAACCAAUGUUCACCACGUGGUUAAAGAAGAAGCUCCUGAAGAUCAGAGUGUUGGUGUGGACCAGCAGGACCCAGAAAUGUUCCACAUAAAGGAGGAACAGAAGGAACUCUGGACCAGUCAGGAAGGAGAGCAGCUCCAUUUGAAGGAGGAGACUAAUUCUGCCAGGUUUCCAUUCACAUCAGUUUCUAUAAAAAGUGAGGAUGAUGAAGACAAACCUCAGCUCUCACAGCUUCUUUAUCAGCAGCAAAUAGAAGACAGAGAUGUUCCAACCAGCAGCUCAGCUGACCAGACAACAGCAGAAACUGGUAGAGGAGCAGAAUCUAGCAGGAACCCAGUUCUGAACCCUAAUGAACAGAUAUCUGAUUCUUCAGAGACUGAAGUUAGUGAAGAUGAUGUGAAUCUAAACGAUGAGUUGUUAGACUCUGGGCCUGAAACUGGAGAUGGAGACAAUGACUGCAAUGACAGCAGGUCUUCUGAGUUAGAUGUUACGACCUUUAGCUGCCCUGAGUGUGGUAAAGAGUUUCUCCACAAGUGGACUCUCCAGAGACAUGUGAGAGUGACGAGUCAUUCAGCAGUAAGAUCUUCAGGAUGUUUGGUUAAUAAGAAAAAUGUUAGAGUGAAGCAACAUGUGGACUCAUGCAGGAAAGUCCAGAAAGAGCCAAAAUCAUUUAUUUGUGACAUUUGUGGAAAAAUAUUUAUUCAUAAUAAAGGUUUAAACAGACACAGGAGAGUCCACACAGGACAGAAACCUUUUGCGUGUGAACUCUGUGAGCAAAGAUUUAGAUUUAAGUCAGCAUUCAACAUCCACAUGAGAGUCCACACAGGAGAGAAACCCUUUGCGUGUGAACUCUGUGGAAAAAGCUUUAAUCAAAGGCAAACUUUAAACGGUCACAUGAGAGUCCACACAGGACAGAAACCUUUUGCAUGUGAGCUCUGUGAGCAAACAUUUCGUAAUAAGUCAACAUUAAACAUACACAUGAAAGUCCACACAGGACAGAAACCUUUUGCGUGUGAGCAAUGUGAGCAAAGAUUUAGUCAUAAAUCAACAUUAAACAGUCACAUGAGAGUUCACACAGGACAGAAACCUUUUGCGUGUGAGCAAUGUGAGCAAAGAUUUAGUCAUAAAUCAACAUUAAAGAGUCACAUGAGAAUUCACACAGGAGAGAAAGCCUUUGCGUGUGAGCUCUGUGAGCAAACAUUUAGUUUUAAGUCAACAUUAAACAGUCACAUGAGAGUCCACACAGGACAGAAACCUUUUGCAUGUGAGCUCUGUGAGCAAACAUUUUGUUUUAAGUCAACAUUAAACAGACACAUUAGAGUCCACACAGGAGAGAAACCUUUUGCGUGUGAGCAAUGUGAGCAAAGAUUUAUUCAUAAAUCAACAUUAAACAGUCACAUGAGAGUUCACACAGGGCAGAAACGUUUUGCAUGUGAGCUCUGUGAGCAAACAUUUAGUUUUAAGUCAGCAUUAAACAGACACAUGAGAAUCCACACAGGACAUAAACCUUUUGUCUGUGAACUCUGUGGAAAUAGCUUCGCUCGAAGGGCAGCUUUAAACAAUCACUCGAGAGUCCACACAUAAACAUUUAGCCUGUGAGCCAUGUGGACAAAGAUUUGGCUAUAAGAAAAAUGUAAACAGUCAUAUGAGAGUCCAAAAAGGACACUACGAAUGUUUUUAAAGUGCAAGUCACCCCAAAUAAACUUUCUUUUACUGUAACAGUAACUGCUUGUUAACGCAAAUUAAAUGCUGUUUUUUAUUAACACAUGAUAAACACACAGGCUUCCCAACUCUGGACAUCUCCUGUAAUUUAUUUUCAACAAAUUUCCCUUAACAGUUUCAACUGAUUGUCCCAUUUAGUAAUAAAACAUGAUUGUGAACUUCUCUCUCUCUCUCUCUCUCUCUCUCUCUCUCUCUCUCUCUCUCUCUCUCUC